AUGAGCGUGCCAAACGCCCAGGAGUUCAUCAACCACAAAGAAUGCUUUUCCAAGCCUAAAAAGAAGCUCGUGCAAACGCGCAUUGUCUUCGACCCCGUUUUUGGCUUCUCCGCUCCAGCGCGGCUGGUGACCAGAAGGCCCGUACCAAAUGCCACCAGCAUCGCACACACGCCAUUCUUCUCGACAGCAGAUCCGUCAUUGACUUGCCUCUUCCGGCUGCCAUUCGAGAUUCGGUUGCAGAUACUACGCUACCUUCUGUUGUCCGAUUACGACUUUGUCCACCAGGUGUGUGUAACGACACAACGACUUGUCUUCUACAAAGACAAUCGUCCGUAUCACCUUUCAUUUUUUGGACAAGAAGUCUCUCCAGAAAUCCUCAGAUGCUCUCGAGCCUGCGAGGAAGAGGGCGCAAGAAUCCUCUACGGAGAGAACCGCUUCAAGGUCGCAGAUUGUCGCGCCGUAGGAAAGGGGCAGACUGUGAACUCCUGGCCAUUGCCGUUGCGUCAUGCACGUCUCAUCUCACGGCUCCGUCUCGGAAUCUACAGUCAAGAGGACGAAAGCAAAGCCGCACUGACUCGACAGCCCUACCUCUUCCCUCAACUCCGGCACCUCACUCUGCACGUGAGACUUACGUGCCGGCAAUUUGAGAAUCUAUUGGACGUGUACAGCCAUGUCUUCAGGCAACUCAAGACAUUCGACUUGUGCAUCACCAUCGAUGAAGGGGAGUUUGGAAACCUUGUGGAGGAGAUCUGUUAUGGUGGUGAGGGGAACAUUGUUUGGAUGCAGGAGGAGGAGUUUGAAGAGAUCAUGUGCAUAUCAUACAAGGCAGCGCUGAUCAAGCAUUCUUGGUUCAACAAGAAGGACAUUGAAUGGGAUGUUGAGAACGUCAGCCACGUGUCCUGGGCUGAGUCUCACCCGACUCCAAGUCUUCGAAACAGCUCACACAACACAGGAAGCCUGAAGUGGUGCGGUAGAAGAAAGAUGACGGUUGUCCAGAGCCAAGGCCGGUCUGGCGCGCCUUCAAGUCGCUUGUCGGCCGAGAUUGACAGAGCGUCGGAUGAGACCUCGCCUCUGCUCGCGAGCCAAGGCGUCCGGCCCGCGACGUCAGCUCUUGCAGACGCCGAGGACGGGAUGGAGCCGGUCGGCGCCGAGAAGCCCAUCCCGAAGCUCCAGAUCUUCCUGCUCUGCUACGCGCGCUUGGUCGAGCCUAUGGCCUUCUUCUCCAUCUUCCCCUACGUCAACCAGAUGGCCCAGAAGAACGGGCACCUCCCCGACGCAGAUGUCGGGUUCUACAGCGGGCUCAUCGAGUCGCUCUUCUCCCUCACGCAAGCGGUCUUCAUGCUCCCCUGGGGCAGGGCAGCGGACCACGUGGGCCGUAAGCCCGUCCUCGUGUUCUCGCUGUUUGGCGUCACCGUCGCUACCGGCAUCUUCGGCAUGGCCAGGACGAUCUGGCAGAUGAUUCUGUUCCGCUGCGCCGCCGGUGUCUUUGCCGGCACCAUCGUCACCAUCCGCACCAUGCUGGCGGAGCACAGCACGCCCAAGACGCAGGCCAGAGUCUUCAGCUGGUUCGCCUUCUCCGGCAACCUGGGCAUGUUCAUCGGGCCCUUGCUGGGCGGCGCUCUGGCCGACCCGGCGCAGCAGUAUCCCUCGCUGUUUGGAAACGUCAAGUUCUUCCAUGACUACCCAUAUGCCCUCGCCAGCUUCGUGAUCGCAAUCGUGGGGGCCACCGCGGCUGCGGCCUGCACGCUGUUUGUCACAGAGACCCUGCAGCGGGAGGAGAGCGGCUUCUCGCGCGUCGAACAGGCCGCAUCGGGAGCGGUGGCGGCUGGGGGCGGCGAGAAGUCGACCUGGCAGAUAGUCAAGUCGCCCGGCGUCGGCAUGGUACUGUAUGUGUACGGGCACGUCAUGCUGCUUGCCUUUGCCUACACGGCGAUCGUGCCCCUGUUUUGGUUCACGCCGGUCGCCCUGGGCGGCUACGGCUUCACGUACCUCCAGAUCUCCUUGAUGAUGGGCGUCAACGGCGCCGCGCAGGCCAUCUGGCUCCUGCUCAUCUUCCCGCCCCUGCAGCACCGGCUCGGGACCAACGGGGUCAUGCGCGCGUGCGCGCUGGCCUACCCCUUGAUCUUCAUCCUCUCGCCCCUGGGCAACGCCAUCCUGCGGGUGGGCACCAAGGAGAUGGACACGUUCUUCUGGAUAUUUGCGCCGACGGCGCUGGCAAUCUGCUGCGGUGUAAGCAUGAGCUUCACGGCCAUCCAGCUCGCGCUCAACGACAUUACACCGUCGCCGCAGGUCCUCGGGACGCUCAACGCCCUUGCCCUGACCGGGUAUGCUUUGAUCCGGCCAACUAAUCCGCCGUCUCCAUUUCAAGUGCCCUCAAGACACGAAUACCGCGAUGCCAAGAAGGUCAUCUACCUCGAGCCGCCCACCAACGGCUCCAAGACGGUGCGGACACGAGUGACCAGGGUGAUCCCGCCCCCGCGGCUCCCCUCUCCGCCUCCACCUCCUCCGCCGGAGAUCAUCGAGGUGCCGCCGCCGCCGCCGCCGAUCAUGCUCCCGCCGCCCCCUCCGCCGGAGCCGGACAUCAUCGACGUGAUCGCCGUGGACGUGGCGCCGCGCCGCAAGAGGUCCAAGAGCCGCAAGAGCAGGUCGCACAGCCGGGAGACGCGGGAGCGGGACCGCGAGGUGAUCAUCGAGCGCGAGAAGAUCGUGCCCGUGCCCGUGCCCGUCCGCACGCAGCCGGAGUUCGAGACCUUCCGGUACGUCGACGCCCCGCGCCGGUGGAGCCCGCCGGCCCUCCCGGCCCCGCCCCCGAGGAGGGAGAGCCCCGACAUUGAGCGGCAGCGGAUCAUCAUCGAGGACCACCGGCGUUCGAGGGGCUACGAGUACCGCUAG